AACCACCAUCCUUUCUGAAGAAGAUCGAUCCAUCUUAUUUACUGACCCCAGGUGACUCUGCACGCCUUCAAUGCAAAAUUAAAGGGUCUCCUGAAAUCCAGGUUACUUGGUUCAAGAACAAUAAGGAAAUCCGUGAAAGCAACACACACAGGAUGUCCUUUGUCAAUUCUGUGGCUGUGUUAGAUAUUUUGGAGAUGAAAGUUGAUGACAGUGGGAGCUACUCAUGUGAAGCUCUAAACGAGGUUGGAAGUGACAGCUGCACCACUGAAGUUCUUGUCAAAGAGCCUCCAUCUUUCAUCCGAACACUUGAACCAGCAGAGGUAGUGAAGGGAACAAACACCGUUCUUCAGUGUGAGGUUGCUGGCACUGGACCAUUUGAGAUUAGCUGGUACAAAGACAAGAAACAGAUUCGCAGUAGUAAAAAAUACAGAUUGACCUCUCAGAAAGCUGUUAUUUCUCUAGAGGUGUCCUCAUUUAAUAGUGCAGAUGUCGGUGAAUACGAGUGUGUGAUAGCUAAUGAAGUCGGGAAGUGCAUAUGCAGUGCAACAUACGUCUUGAAAGAACCACCAUCUUUUGUUAAGAAAAUUGAAAAUGUGACAGCUCUGUCUGGAGACAGUAUUACAUUACAGGCUGUGGUGAAAGGGUCAGAGCCUAUUUCUGUGAUGUGGAUGAAGGGCAAAGACAUUAUUCAAGAUGAUAACAAAGUGAGAGUGACAUUUGAACAUGGUCUAGCAACACUGCAAAUUACCGGUGUCCAGCUGAGCUCUGGUGGCAAAUACACCUGUGUGGCUGAGAAUGAUGCAGGAAGUCAGUCCUGCUUUGGUGAACUAGUAGUAAAAGAACCUGCCAAAAUAAUUGAAAAAUCCGAAAUGAUCCAGGUAACAGCAGGGGAACCAGCCAUUUUGGAGUACACGGUCACAGGCACUCCAGAUCUAAAAACCAAAUGGUUCAAAGAUGGAAGGCCACUACCUGCCAGCAAAAAAUAUAGGAUCAGCUUUAAAAAUAACACUGCCCAGCUCAAGUUUUAUGCCACUGAAAUGCAGGAUAGUGGCGAGUACACCUUUGAGAUAUCCAAUGAUGUGGGCAUCAGCUCUUGUACUACCAGCUUCACUGUGCUAGAUCGCACUCUCCCUCCCUUCUUUACUAAACCACUGAAGAAUAUUGACAGCAUCAUUAGUGCCUCAUGCCACCUAGACUGCAAAAUUUCAGGCUCUCUUCCAAUGACCAUCUCCUGGUUUAAGCAGGAUACCGAGAUCACUUCAAGUGCCAAGUACACAAUGCAUUUUGCAGAAGGCUCUGCGUCUUUGGAAAUAAAACACCUAGAUGCAAGUGAUGCUGGGGUCUACAUUUGCAGAGCCACAAACUCUGCUGGUAGCAAAGACAGCAGUAGCACUUUGUUUGUAAAAGAGCCACCCAGCUUCACUGUAGAACCAGAAUCCCAAGAUGUACUACCUGCGUCAACUGUACGUUUCAAAGGCACGUUUAAAGGCACAACACCACUGAUGGUGAAAUGGUUUAAAGAUGACACUGAGCUGGUGACAGGAGGAGCCUGCUACAUCAUGACAGAAGCUUUAGCAAGUUACUUGGAGCUUUACGCAGUCAAACCAACAGACUCAGGAAAAUACACCUGCAAAGUCUCCAAUGUAGCUGGUUCAGUAACGUGCAGUGCAAACUUGUUUGUAAAAGAACCUGCUGCCUUCAAGGAGAAGCUAGAGCCAACCUAUCUGGUAAAGAAAGGUGGAUAUGCUGAGCUGACCUGUGAAGUCACUGGUACUCCUGAGAUUAAAAUCAUAUGGUUCAAGGAUGACAGAGAGCUCAAAGAGAGUGACAAAUACAGGAUGUCUUUUGAAAAAUCUUUGGCAAUACUCCAUCUUACAGAGGUUGAAACUGAAGACAGUGGGGAAUACAUCUGCGAGGCCAAAAAUGAUGCUGGAAAAGAUAUUUGCAGUAGCAUUGUUACAAUCAAAGAGUCACCUUAUUUUAGCAAGGAGUUUCAAUCCAUGGAAGUCUUGAAGGAUUCUGAUGUGGUUUUGGAGUGUGAGGUCCUUGGCACACCUCCCUUUGAUGUGUUUUGGUUGAAAGAUGAUAAACCCGUGCGGAGCAGUAAGAAGCACAGAAUAAGCAUUGAAAAAUCUUUGAUUAGACUCCACAUUUUCAGGUUUGAUGCUUCUGAUGUUGGCGAGUAUCAGUGUAGAGUAACAAACGAUGUUGGGAGCUGCCUCUGCAGUUCGGAGGUCACACUGAAAGAGCCUCCACAGUUCUUGAAGAGGAUAGAGAACAUUAGUUCCCUUCGAGGGGGCACGGUCGUGUUUCAGGCUGCUAUUAAAGGCUCCUUGCCCAUCACUGUGUCUUGGCUGAAAGACAAUGAUGAAGUGAUUGAAGACAACAAUAUCAAAAUGACCUUUGUGAACAAUGUUGCCACUCUUCUGGUGAGGUCUAUUGAAUUGAAACAUGAUGGGAAAUAUUUCUGUCAGGCUAAAAAUGAGGCAGGAAUUCAGAGGUGUUCUGCUCUGCUGACUGUUAAAGAACCUGCUACAGUUGUGGACAAGGCUGUGUCAAUAGAUGUGACUGAGGGAGACCCAGCAACCUUGCAGUGUAAAUUUUCGGGAACAAAAGAUAUUACAGCAAAAUGGUUCAAAGAUGGCAAAGAACUGACAUUAGGCCCAAAAUAUAAGAUCAGUGUUACAGAUACUGUCUCAGUCCUGAAGGUGCUUCAUGCAGAAAAGAAAGAUAGUGGGGAAUACAUUUUUGAGGUUCACAAUGAUGUUGGGAGCAGUAGCUGUUCUGCCAGCAUUAAUGUCCUAGAUCUCAUUAUACCACCUAAAUUCACCAAAAAGCUCAAGAAAAUGGACAGCAUUAAGGGGUCUUUUGUCCACCUGGAGUGCAUAGUGUCUGGUUCACAUCCUAUAAGUAUCCAGUGGUACAAGGAUGGCCAAGAAAUAACAGCAAGUGAAAAGCACAAAUACUCUUUCCAUGAUAAUACUGCGUUUCUAGAAAUCAAUAAACUGGAAGGCACAGACAGUGGCUCAUAUACCUGUGAAGCAACAAAUAAGGCAGGAAGCAACCAGUGCAGUGGGUUCUUAACAGUCAAAGAACCACCAUUUUUUGUGGAAAAACCCCAGUCCCAAGAGGUUGUGCCCAAUGCUAGGGUGCAGUUCAAAGCACUGGUAAAAGGCUCUACUCCUCUGCAGAUAAAGUGGUUUAAAGACAGCCAGGAGCUCCUCUCUGGAGCAAAUCGAUCUGUCUGGAAGGAUGACACAUCUAGUGUACUGGAGCUCUUCUCAGCUAGGACAUCUGACUCUGGGAACUACACUUGUCAGAUAAGCAAUGAUGUGGGGACUGCAACUUGCAAAGCAGCUCUGUUUGUAAAAGAGCCCCCCAGAUUUAUUCAGAUGCCAACUUCUGUAGUAGCUUUACGUGAAGGACAGUCUACCACUUUCGAGUGCCAGGUAGUAGGCACACCAGAGAUCCACAUCACAUGGUACCUGGAUGGAAAUGAAGUGACUGACCAAGCUAAGUACGGCAUCUCCUUCAUAGAUGGUUUAGCCACUUUGAAAGUCACUCAGGCCAGAGUGUCAGAUAGUGGGAUUUUUGUUUGUGAAGCCCACAAUGAUGCAGGUAGUGAGAGCUGCAGCAUCGAACUUAAAGUAAAAGAGCCUCCAACAUUUGUUCGAGAGUUGAGGCCCACUGAGGUGGUGAAAGGUUUGGAGGCCACACUUGAGUGUGAAGUGACUGGUACUCCUCCAUUUGAGGUGAAGUGGCUGAAGAAUAAUAAGGAGAUGUUCAGCAGCAAGAAAUACGCCAUCUCCACCAAAGAAUCAUUAUUUGCUCUUAAUGUGACUAACUGUGAUGUCUCAGAUGUUGGUGAAUAUCAGUGUAUUAUAUCAAAUGAAGGUGGGAGCUGUUCUUGCAGCACAAGGCUUAGCUUGAAAGAACCACCAUCCUUCAUCAAGAAGCUGGAGAACGUCACUAGCAUUUUGAAAGGUACUGCAUUCUUCCAGUGUGUCAUAGCAGGCGCUCAACCCUUAUCUGUGUCAUGGAUAAAAGAUGAGAAAAUACUGGAAGACGAUGAGCACCACCAGAUUACCUUUGAGAACAGUGUGGCCACACUGCAACUUACCAAUGUUGAACUCAGACACAGAGGGAGAUACACCUGCCAGGCAAAGAAUGAGUCUGGUGUGGAGAAGUGCUUUGCUUUGCUUUUUGUACAAGAGCCUGCACGGAUCAUAGAAAAGGCUAAAUCACUUAAAGUCACUGACAGAGACCCCGUGACUUUGGAAUGUACUGUGGCUGGGACACCAGAGCUCCGUAUAAGAUGGUACAAAGAUGGCAAACAGCUUCUGCCUAGUAGAUACUACACAAUGAGCUUUGAAAACAAUGUGGCCAGUUUCAGGAUUGAGCCUGUAUCAAAGGAGGACAGUGGUACAUACAGUUUUAAGGUUGAAAAUGACUUCGGAAGUAGCACCUGUGAAGCUGUUCUGACUGUGCUAGAUCAAUCAAUUCCUCCUGCAUUUAUCAAAAAGCUGACCAAAAAGGAUACAAUUUUGGGAUCGUCUAUCCAAAUGGAGUGCAAAGUUUCUGGGUCACUCCCCAUUACAGCAAAAUGGUUUCAGGAUGGAAAAGAAAUAACUGACAGUGCAAAAUAUAGAAGCCUGUGCCAUGAGAACACUGUGUCACUCGAAAUUGCUAAUCUAGAGCUGUCAGACAGUGCAAAUUACACAUGCAGUGUCUCUAAUGUUGCCGGGAACGAUUCUUGCAGUGCUGUCCUGACUGUGAAAGAGCCACCAAGCUUCUUAGUAAAACCUGAAAGCCAGCAAGCCAUCCCAGAUUCCACAGUGGAGUUUAAGGCCACACUAACAGGAACACCACCCUUUACAAUAAAGUGGUUCAAAGAAGAUUUACAACUUGUAUCUGGUCCAGCUUGUUUCAUUGGGAUUGAAGGGUCAACUGGGUUCUUAACCCUCUAUUCGGUGGAUGCUUCUAGGAGUGGGCACUACACUUGCCACAUUUCAAAUGACGUUGGCAGUGACUCUUGCACUACAACAUUGAUGGUAACAGAACCACCCAAGUUUGCUAAGAAGCUAGAGGCGGCAAAAGUAGUCAAGCAGGGUGACUCAGCCCGGCUUGAGUGCAAAGUAAGUGGAUCUCCAGAGAUGAAAGUAGUGUGGUUCAGAAAUGACCAUGAAAUUGUUGCCAGUGAAAAAUUCCGGACAUCAUUCAUUGACUCUGUGGCUGUGCUUGAAAUGAAUCAUCUCAGUACUGAUGAAAGCGGUGACUACAUCUGUGAAGCUCACAAUCCUGCCGGCAAGGCCAGCUGUAGCACUAAAGUCACAGUGAAAGAACCUCCUGUCUUUAGCAGGAAGCCCUCACCAGUAGACAUGCUGAAAGGAACUGAGGUUAGCCUGGAAUGUGAGAUUUCAGGAACACCACCAUUUGAUGUUACCUGGUACAAAGACAGGAGACAAGUCCGCAGUAGUAAGAAGUAUAAGGUUACAGCCAAAAACUACCAUACAAGCGUUCGCAUUCUUAAUGUUGAAGCUGCAGAUGUUGGUGAAUAUCAGUGUAAAGCACAGAACGACGUAGGAAGUGACAUUUGUUUUUGCACUGUGAAGCUGAAAGAACCACCAAAAUUUUUGACUAAAAUAAACAGCAUGACUGUUGUGGUUGGUGAACCAGUAGAGUUACAAGCAAGAGUGGAGGGCUCCCAGCCAAUUUCUGUGAAGUGGCUUAAAGACAAAGAGGAAGUUAUUAGAGAAAGUGAAAACACGAAGAUCACAUUCGUGGAAAACAUUGCAACUUUACAACUUGAGCGCACAGAAUCAAGCAAUGCUGGAAAAUACAUCUGUCAGAUCAGAAAUGAUGCUGGAAGUCGCGAGUGCAUGGCUACCUUAACUAUUCUAGAGCCUGCAGUGGUUGUAGAGAAAGCAGAGCCAAUGAGAGUUACUGUAGGAGACGCCUGUACUUUGGAGUGCAAAGUGGCAGGCACACCAGAGCUUUCCACUGGGUGGUUCAAGGAUGGCAAAGAGCUGACCAACAGCCAAAAAUACAGAAUUACUUUCCUCAAUAAAGUAUCUACACUUAAAAUUAUGGAUGCAGAAAAGGAAGAUGGUGGAUUGUACACUUUUGCAGUGCAGAACGACGUGGGGAAAAGCAGUUGCACAGCAUCAGUUGAUGUUUUAGAUCGAAUAAUUCCUCCUUCUUUCACAAGAAAACUAAAGGAAACCCCUUCUAUCCUGGGUUCCUCAGCAUUGCUGGAAUGCAAAGUGUCCGGUUCACCUCCUAUUUCUGUUGCCUGGUUCCAAAAUGGAGUUAAGUUAGUCAAUGGGGAAAAACAUCAAAUCUCUUUUUCAGAUAACCUAUGUAUUUUAGAAGUGAAUUCACUGAGUGACUCAGAUACUGGAACUUAUACCUGCAAAGCUACCAAUAUAGCUGGUUCAGAUGAAUGCAGUGCUGUAUUGACCGUACAAGAACCACCUUCUUUUGAGAGGACACCAGAGCCUCUGGAUGUCUUGCCAGGCACAAGCAUCACUUUUACAUGUGUUAUCAGAGGAACCCCUCCUUUUAAGGUGAACUGGUUUAGAGGGGCCAAUGAGCUUGUGCCAGGGGACAAAUGCAAUAUCUACUUGGAGGACUCCAUUGUGGAGCUUGAGCUAUUUGAUGUAACUCCUCUACAAAGUGGAGAGUACACUUGUCUAGUGACUAAUGAUGCUGGCAGGGCAAAUUGUACAACACACCUUACAGUAAAAGAACCAGCUGUCUUUGUGAAGAAACUGAGCGAUCAGUAUGUGGAGCCUGGCAAGCCCAUCAUCCUGGAGGGCACUUACACAGGCAGCCUGCCCAUCUCUGUGACAUGGAAGAAGAAUGGCCAAACCAUCACUCAAUCUCAGAAGUGUAGCAUCACCACGACAGAGAAAUCCUGCAUCCUGGAAAUCCUUGACAGCACCAAAGAAGAUGCAGGAGAAUACACUUGCCAUGUUGAAAAUGAGGCAGGAAGAGAUGUUUGUGAGGCUGUAGUCUCUACCCUAGAACCUCCCUAUUUUGUUACACACUUGGAACCUCUUGAGGUGUCAGUUGGGGAUUAUACAACAUUGCAAUGCCACGUUGCUGGAACACCAGAAAUCACUGUGUCUUGGUACAAAGGUGAUACAAAGCUCAGGUCUACUCCCGAGUACAAAGUGUUCUUUAAAGACAAUGUUGCUACACUUAUUUUCAACAAAGUGGUUAGCAAUGACAGUGGAGAAUAUAUCUGCAAGGCAGAAAACAGUGUAGGAACUGCAUCUACAAAGGCUCUCUUAACAGUUCAAGAGCGCAAACGACCACCUUCCUUUGCAAGAAAAUUAAAGGACAUCGAGCACCCUGUUGGUUUACCCCUUAAAUUUAUGUGUCGUCUCAAUGGCUCAGAACCCAUUACUGUGACCUGGCAUAAAGAUGGUGUGCUGCUAAGCGAGGACCACAGUGUGCACAUAUCCUUUGUAGAUAACGUUGCAGUGCUACAACUGGCACGAACCGAAAUGAAUCAUACCGGGCAGUACUCCUGCACAGCCACCAAUGCUGUGGGCACUGCCACCUCAAGUGCUAGGCUCACAGUGGCAGAACCCAAGCAAGCACCUGUCUUUGAUAUCAAACCAGAAUCUAUUGAUGUGCCUUUUGGAGAAAGUGCUGACUUUGAAUGCCAUGUUACUGGAGCCCAGCCAAUACACAUCACCUGGUCCAAGGAUGGUCGGGAGAUCCGAACUGGAGGAAACUUCAAUAUUACGUUUGUAGCCAACACAGCUCAUCUUCGAGUGCUCAGAGUGGGUAAAGGAGACUCUGGCCAAUAUACUUGCCAAGCUAGUAAUGAAGCUGGGAAAGACUUUUGCUCAGCCCAGCUCAGUGUCAAAGAACCUCCUAGGUUCGUCAAGAAGCCUGAAGCUUUGCGGUUCGUGAAGCAGGGGGAUGCAGUUCAACUUGAAUGUAAAAUCAGUGGCACACCAGAGAUGAGAACCAUGUGGUACAAAAAUGAUCAGGCACUCCAGGCGAGCGACAGACUCCACAUGUCCUUUGUAGACUCCGUGGCAAUGCUAACCAUCUUGGGUGCUAACACUGAAGAUGCUGGUGAUUACAUAUGUGAAGCCCAUAACUCUGCCGGCACAGCCAGCUGCAGCACUUCAGUCGCAGUGAAAGAACCACCUGUUUUUAGCAAGGUGCCAAGCCCUGUGGACACACUUAAAGGCUCAGAUGUUAUCCUCCAGUGUGAGAUAGCAGGGACUCCUCCCUUUGAGGUGGCUUGGUUCAAGGACCGGAGGCAGGUCAGGAGCAGCAAGAAGUUCAAGGUGACAGCAAAGCACUCCAUUGCCAGUCUUCAUAUUCUCAAUCUGGAAUCUCAAGAUACUGGAGAAUAUCAAUGCAAAGCUAUGAAUGAGGUGGGAAGUGACACUUGCACCUGCCCAGUGAAAUUCAAAGAACCCCCACGCUUUGCCAAGAAGCUGAGUGACACUGCAAUCUUCGUUGGGGAGCCAACAGCCCUGCAGGCAGUGGUGGAAGGAUCCCCACCAAUUUCUGUCGUCUGGCUUAAGGACAAGGGUGAAAUUAUUAGGGAGAGUGAAAAUAUCCAAAUGUGGUUUAUGGACAACAUUGCAACUCUUGAGAUUGCCAGUGCAGAGGGAACUGAUGUUGGGAAGUACAUCUGCCAGAUCAAAAAUGAUGCUGGCAUGCGGGAAUGCUCUGCCUUUUUACAAGUCCUAGAACCAGCAGUCAUCUUAGAGAAGACCGAGCCAAUAACAGUAAUGGCUGGCAAUCCUUUUACCUUGGAGUGCAAAGUAGGAGGAACACCUGAACUUAUCACGAAGUGGUACAAAGAUGGCAGAGAACUAAGGAGCGACCGCAAAUACCAAAUUACCUUUUUCAACAAUAUAUCCACUUUGAAAGUCUUCUCUGCAGACAGGGGAGACAGGGGGUUGUAUACUUUUGAGGUGCACAAUGAGGUGGGGGACAGCAGCUGUACUUCUUCAGUUGAUGUUUCAGAUCGUCUUGUUCCUCCUUCAUUCUCAAGAAAACUAAAGGAGACAAAUGGAGUGCUGGGAUCCUCAGUGCUUCUGGAGUGUAAAGUGUCUGGCACAUCCCCCAUAUCUGUGGCCUGGUUUCAGGAUGGGAAUGAGAUUGUUAGUGGAGAAAAACAUGAAAUCUCAUUCUUGGACAAUGUUUGUGCUUUGAAGCUGAAUACCCUGGAUGUCACAGAUACAGGGUCAUAUACCUGCAUGGCAGCCAAUGUGGCUGGAUCUGAUGAAUGCAGUGCCUUCUUGACUGUCCAAGAACCACCUUCUUUUGUGAAGACACCCGAUCCCCAGGAAGUUUUGCCCAAAUCAAGUGUGACAUUCACCAGCUACAUCAAGGGGAGUACUCCCUUCAAAGUGACAUGGUUCCGAGGCAUCAGGGAGCUAGUGCCAGACAGCAACUGCUCCAUCUCUCUGGAUGAGUCUGUAGCACAGCUGCAGCUGUACAAUGUGGAGCCAGGCCACAGUGGGGACUAUGCCUGUGUGGUCACAAAUGAUGCUGGCAGUGCCUCAUGUACAACCCAACUCUUUGUGAAAGAGCCUGCAGUCUUUGUGAAGAAAUUAAGUGAUUUCAGUGUGGAGCAGGGGAAGUCCAUUGUGCUGGAAAGCAGCUACAAAGGCACCUCUCCCAUCUCUGUCACCUGGAAGAGAAAUGGCAUGCCCAUUACUCAGUCUCCACACUGCAGUGUUACAACUACUGACAAAUCUGGCAUUCUUGAAAUCUUCAACAGCACCAAGAGUGAUGAAGGCGAAUACACCUGUGAAGUGGCAAAUGAGGCGGGUGGGGAUGUUUGCCACAGCCUUGUAUCCAUCUUAGAACCACCCUAUUUUGUCACGCACCUGGACCGUGUGGAGGUGAAGGUUGGCGAGCCCUUGACCUUAAAAUGCCAGAUUGGUGGUGCACCAGAAAUCAAGGUGUCCUGGUACAAAGAUGACACCAAGCUCAGAUCGACACAGGCUUACAAGAUGCACUUCAAGAACAAUGUGGCAACGCUGGCAUUCUCCACUGUGGAGGACAGUGACAUUGGAGAAUAUAUCUGCAAAGCAGAAAAUAGUGUCGGCUUCGCCACAUCCACAGCUUUGCUUGUUGUUAAAGAACGUCAACUUCCUCCUACAUUCGCCAGAAAACUGAAAGAUAUUCAGGAGGUGGUUGGUGCCCCAGUGACAUUUGACUGCCGCAUAAAUGGCUCAGAGCCUAUUCAGGUGUCUUGGUACAAGGAUGGGAUUCUCUUAAGUGACAAUGAUAACAUGCAAUCAGCCUUCUUAAAUAAUAUUGCAACUCUCCACAUCUUGCAAACUAGUAUGGAGUACUGUGGCCAAUAUACUUGCUCAGCCCAAAAUGCUCUGGGGACUGCGUCUUCCAGUGCUAGACUUCUCCUCAAAGAACAUCUACAACCUCCCUUCUUUGACAUCAAGCCAGUAUCUAUCGAUGUGGCACUAGGGGAAAGUGCAACCUUUAAGUGCCACCUGACUGGCUCUGCUCCAAUGAAGAUUACUUGGACCAGAGACAACAGAGAGAUCCGCCCAGGUGGCAACUACAAAAUGACGCUGGUGGAAAACACAGCCAGCUUGAUGAUCCUAAAAGUCGGUAAAGGGGAUACUGGACUCUACACAUGUACUGCCAAAAACAGUGUUGGAAAGGACGCGUGCGCAGCCCAGCUGGCUGUACAAGAACCACCAAGGUUUAUUAAGAAACUAGACUCCUCAAGACUUGUGAAACAGCAUGAUUCUACUCAUUAUGAAUGCAAAAUAGGCGGAUCUCCAGAAAUCAAAGUCACUUGGUACAAAGGUGAAACUGAGAUCCGUCCCAGUGAAAAAUACAGAAUGUCCUUUGUGGAUUCAGUGGCAGUCAUUGAAAUGCACAACCUCAGUGUUGAAGACAGUGGUGACUACACUUGUGAAGCUCGAAAUCCAGCGGGUAGUGCAAGCAUCAGUACCACACUGAAAGUAAAAGCACCCCCCGUUUUUACCAAGAAGCCCCAUCCAGUCCAGACCUUGAAAGGGUCUGAUAUUCACCUGGAAUGUGAGCUUCAGGGCACUCCUCCAUUCCAGAUUUCAUGGUAUAAAGACAAACGAGAAAUUCGGAGCAGCAAGAAGUAUAAGAUCAUGUCUGAGAACUACCUAGCUGGUAUUCACAUUCUCAGUGUGGAUACUGCAGAUGUUGGUGAAUAUCACUGUAAAGCUGUAAAUGAUGUGGGAAGUGAUUCCUGUAUUGGCUCUGUAACACUAAGAGCACCACCAACAUUUGUGAAGAAGCUGAGUGAUCUCACCGUCGUAGUUGGAGAAUCAAUUGAACUGCAGGCUGCAGUAGAAGGAUCACAGCCAAUUUCUGUUCUGUGGUUAAAAGACAAAGGGGAAAUCAUUAGAGAAAGUGAAAAUCUUUGGAUCUCCUAUUCAGAAAACAUUGCAACUAUGCGUAUUGGAAAUGCAGAACCAGUCAAUGGUGGGAAAUACAUUUGUCAGAUAAAAAAUGAUGCUGGAGUUCAGGAAUGCUUUGCCACAGUGACAGUACUAGAACCUGCAGUCAUUGUAGAGAAGCCAGGCCCAGUCAAAGUUACAGCUGGAGACUCUUGUACUCUGGAAUGCACAGUAGAUGGCACACCAGAGCUCACUGCUAGGUGGUUUAAGGAUGGGAAUGAACUGUCCACUGACCAUAAAUAUAAAAUCAGUUUCUUCAACAAAGUAUCUGGGCUUAAGAUCCUCAAUGCAGGACUAGAAGACAGUGGAGAAUAUACUUUUGAGGUGAAAAACAGUGUUGGAAAAAGCAGCUGCACAGCUUCAGUGAAUGUUUCAGAUCGUAUUAUACCUCCUUCUUUCACGAGAAAACUGAAAGAAACAUAUGGUCAGCUGGGCUCUUCUGCUGUACUGGAGUGCAAAGUUUAUGGGUCACCACCUAUUCUGGUUUCCUGGUUUCAUGAUGGACAGGAGAUUACCAGUGGAGACAAGUAUCAGGCGGCCCUUACAGACAAUACCUGUUCUCUGAAAGUGAAUGGACUUCAGGAAUCUGAUAUGGGAACUUAUUUGUGCACAGCUACUAACACAGCUGGGUCUGAUGAAUGCAGCGCAUUUUUGAGUGUUAGAGAACCACCGUCUUUUGUGAAGAAACCUGAACCACUGAAUGUUUUAUCUGGGGCAAACAUAACCUUUACCAGUAUCAUAAAAGGCUCCUCUCCAUUGGAAGUUAAGUGGUUUAGAGGUAGUGUUGAGCUGCUACCGGGACACAGAUGCAAUAUCACCUUGCAAGAUUCAGUUGCAGAACUAGAGCUGUUUGAUGUACAGCCACUUCAGAGUGGAGACUACACCUGCCAGGUGUCUAAUGAGGCAGGGAAGAUUUCUUGCACAACACAUCUUUUUGUCAAAGAACCAGCCAAAUUUGUGAAGAAGGUGAAUGAUUUAAGUGUAGAGAAAGGGAAAAAUUUAAUCUUGGAAUGCACAUACACAGGUACUCCGCCAAUUUCAGUGACAUGGAAGAAAAAUGGAGUAAAAAUAACGCACUCUGAAAAGUGUAGCAUCACCACUACAGAAACAUCUGCCAUACUGGAAAUCCCUAGUAGCAAACUAGAAGAUCAGGGGCAAUAUUCUUGUCACAUUGAAAAUGAUUCUGGACAAGAUAAUUGUUAUGGUGCAAUCAUAAUACUAGAACCACCUUACUUCAUUAGAACCCUGGAGCCAGUGCAGGUGACUGUUGGGGAUUCUGCAUCCUUACAGUGCCAGAUUGCUGGAACACCAGAAAUGAUUGUGUCAUGGUACAAAGGUGAUACAAAGCUGAGAGGAACUGCUACUGUAAAAAUGCAUUUUAAGAACCAAGUUGCCACUCUGGUUUUCAGCCAGGUAGACAGUAGUGACAGUGGGGAGUACAUCUGCAAAGUAGAAAACGCUGUUGGGGAAGCUGCUUCAUCAUCUUUGCUGACUGUUCAAGAGCGUAAACUUCCUCCUUCUUUUACACGAAAAUUAAGAGAUGUUCAUGAAACUCUUGGCUUACCAGUUACAUUUGAUUGCGUCAUUGCUGGUUCAGAACCUAUUGAAGUGUCUUGGUUUAAAGACGGUGCACGUGUAAAAGGGGACUACAACGUUCACACAUCCUUCAUAGAUAAUGUAGCAACUCUCCGGAUUUUGAAGACAGAUAGGAGCCUUAUUGGGCAAUAUACCUGCACAGCUACCAAUGCAAUUGGGACUGAUUCUUCUAGUGGCAGGCUUGUCCUUACAGAAGGGAAGACUCCUCCAUUCUUUGACAUCCCAAUUACACCUGUGGAUGGUAUUAUUGGAGAAAGUGCUGACUUUGAGUGUCACAUUUCUGGGACACAGCCUAUUAGAGUCACUUGGGCAAAAGAUAACCAGGAGAUUAGAACAGGAAGAAAUUACCAGAUCAGUUUUGUAGACAACACAGCCCACUUGACCAUCCUGAGAGUUGACAGGGGAGACUCUGCAAAGUAUACAUGCUAUGCUAGCAAUGAAGUUGGAAAGGACUCUUGCACAGCUCAACUGACUGUUAAAGAACGAAAAACUCCACCCACUUUUACUAAGAAACUGUCUGAAGCAGUAGAAGAAACAGAAGGGAAUGAACUUAAACUUGAGGGCUGUGUUUCUGGCUCUCAGCCUUUCACUGUUGCUUGGUAUAAAAACAAUCAGGAAGUUCGUUCAAGCCCUCAUUGUGAAAUAUCUUUCAAAAACAAUACCAUACUUUUGCAUAUAAAGAGCGUAGAGCAAUCAGAUGCUGGUUUAUAUACCUGUAAAGUGUCCAAUGAAGCAGGAAGCGUGUUGUGUACAUCUUCUGUUGUUAUCAGAGAACCUAAAAAGCCUCCAGUUUUUGACCAGCCUCUUCAGCCAGUAGCAGCAGAGGAAGGCGAUACCCUACAGCUCAUCUGCCACGUCCAAGGAUCACAGCCAAUCCGGAUUCAGUGGCUGAAGGCAGGGAGAGAAAUAAGAACUUCAGACAGAUGCAACUUCAGCUUUGCUAAUGGAGUAGCUCUUCUAGAACUUGCUACAGUUACCAAAUCCGAUUCAGGAGAAUAUGUAUGCAAAGCUUCAAAUGCAGCUGGCACUGAUACUUGCAAAUCUAAAGUGACAGUUAAAGAAAAACCGACAACUGCACCAGCAGCUAAGAAAGCAGAAGUGGAAGGAAAACUUUAUUUUGUAUCAGAGCCUCAGAGUAUCAAAGUCAUGGAAAAAACUGUUGCAACAUUUAUUGCAAAAGUUGGAGGAGACCCAAUUCCAAAUGUUAAAUGGAUGAAGGGAAAAUGGAGGCAACUCAACCAGGGAGGUCGCAUUAUAAUCCAACAGAGAGGAGAUGAAGCCAAACUAGAAAUAAAGGAUGCAAUAAAAACUGAUUCUGGCAUGUACAAAUGUGUAGCUUUUAACCAACAUGGAGAAAUUGAGAGGAGUGUAAACCUACAAGUUGAAGAAAGAAAGAAAGAAGUUGUUGAAGGGGAUCUCAGGGCAAAACUAAAAAGCACUCCAACAAAAAGGAAGGAAGAGGAAGAGCAACCUAUUGAUAUCUUGGAACUUCUCAAAAAUGUGGAUCCCAAAGAAUAUGAGAAAUAUGCUCGCAUGUAUGGAAUUACAGAUUUCCGUGGUCUCCUGCAAGCCUUUGAGUUACUAAAGCAAACCCAAGCAGAAGAAAGCCAUAGAUUGGAAAUAGAGCUCACAGAAAAAGCUCGAAGAGAAGAUCAGGAGUUUGAUGAACUUGUAGCUUUUAUUCAGCAACGACUCACACAGACAGAGCCUAUUACUCUCAUCAGAGACAUUGAAAAUCAGACGGUUUUAACAGAUGAGGAUGCUAUCUUUGAAUGUGAGAUUAAAAUUAACUAUCCAGAAAUUAAACUUUCAUGGUACAAGGGAACCCAGAAACUGGACUCCAAUGACAAAUAUGAAAUUAGAAUUGAAGGUGAUCGCCACAUACUGAGAAUCAGGAACUGCCAGCUUGAAGAUCAGGGAAAUUUCAGAAUAGUGUGUGGACCACACAUUGCCAGUGCCAGGCUAACUGUGAUCGAACCUGCAGUUGAACGGCAUCUUCAUGACACUACUUUCAAGGAAGGAAACAUAUGCACGCUGUCUUGUCAGUUCUCUAUCCCAAACGCCAAGUCUCAGUGGUAUAGAAAUGGGAGACCCAUUAAGAUAGGAGGGAGAUAUUCAACACAAGUCUCUGACAAAGUACACAAACUCAUCAUCAAGGAUGUUAGAACAGAAGACCAGGGACAGUAUACCUGCAAGCUUGACAAUCUAGAAACAACUGCUGAUCUGGCCAUUGAAGCGGAACCAAUUCAGUUCACGAAGAGCAUACAGAACAUUGUAGUGAGUGAACACCAGUCUGCAACCUUUGAGUGCGAGGUGUCUUUUGAUGAUGCAGUUGUGACAUGGUACAAAGGCCCUACUGAACUGAGAGAGAGUCCCAAGUACAGCUUCAGAAGUGAAGGUCGCUGUCAUUAUAUGACUAUUCACAAUGUUACUGCAGAAGACGAAGGUGUAUAUUCUGUAAUUGCUCGUCUUGAACCAAGAGGAGAAGCAAGAAGCACUGCAGAGCUCUAUCUAGUAACCAAAGAAAUCAAACUGGAGUUGAAGCCACCAGAUGUUCCUGAUGCCAAGGUUGCAGUUCCACCUCAAAAACCAGCUGAAGCUGCCCCUAUUCCUAUUCUUCUGCCUCUUGUUCCACCACCAGAGGAGAAAAAGCCAGCAGAAAAAAAGGUUCCAGUAAAGAAAGUCUCCAAAAAGGUGGUUAAAAAAGGUCCUGAAGAAGUCCCACCACCGAAAGUCCCUGAGGUGCUGCCAGAGAAGCCCAAAGAGAUCAAAAUAACAUCCAUGGCAAGGAGGGAAGAGAUUCAUGAAGAAAAGAAGGAAAUAUAUGAAAAGCCCAAAGAAACUUAUGAAGAAUGGGAAGAAGAUUAUGGAGAAGACCAUGACUAUUAUGUCAAAGAAGAAGGCUAUGAUGAAGGGGAAGAGGAAUGGGAAGAAGCAUACGAAAAAAGAGAAGUGACUUAUGAAGAAAAACGAGUCAUUCAUGAAGAAGUGGUUGAAGUUCCUAAGAAGCCUGUGCCUGAACGAAAACCACCAGCAAUUACAGCUGAAAAGAAGGAAAAGAAAGAAGUAACAGUUCAUAAAGUUGUCAAGAAACCUGUUGAUGAAAAAGUGGAGAUAACCACUCAGAGGAUUGCAGAAGAAAAAGUCAAACGGGCUGAGGUUACGAAGAAAGUUCUACCACCAAAACCUACACCAAUGAUCAUUGAGGAAAAAGUUAUGAAAAAGGAAGAUACAGAUUUGAUAAAAACUCACACGCUGACUACCACUAAUGUGGAUCUAGAAUAUAAAAUACUAAAACAAAAUCCUAUCUUUAAAGUACCGACAGUAGAAACAUGGACUGUUUCAGAAGAAAAGAUGUCGGUUUCUGUCCACAGAGAAGAAGAGUAUUCAUAUGCCACAGAGCCAACAGAGCAUGAGAAAACAGUUGAAGAAAGAUUCUUUGAAGCUGUUUACCCAAUUGAAGCACAUAAGGAAGUCGAAGAGGAAGAAGAAGAAGAAAUAAUUUCUACAGAACUGGAGAUCUCUCAUGUUGAAGUGCCUGAGAUACCAAAGAGGCGUGUUCCAGAAGAAAGAAAGCCUGUUCCUGUACCUAAAAAAGAAGCUCCACCGGCUAAAGUGCCUGAAGUCCCUAAGAAACCUGUUCCAGAAAAGAAAGUUGCUGUUGCUAAAAAGGAGGUGGCUCCCCCAGGAAAAGUUCCUGAAGUGCCUAAAAAAACUGUGCCUGAAGAAAAAGAACACAUUCCUUUACUUAAUAUUUUUAUAAUUCAUAUCUCUGAAGUGACAGAAGUACCUAAGAAACCAGCUCCAGAAGAAAAAAUACCAUAUGUUCCUAAAGUAGAAGCUCCACCUGCAAAAGUGCCUGCAGUUCCCAAGGAACCUGUCCCUAAAGAAAAAGUAUCUCCUGCUGUUCCUCAAAAAAUUGAGGCUCCUCCAGCUAAAGUGCCUGAAGUGCAGAAGAAAGCCACUUUUGAAGAAAGAGUACUUAUUACAGAAGAAAGAAUAUCUGUUGCCAUUCCAGAGGAAAUCCCGCCACCUGAAGAACCAUCAGUUGAAGAAUGGGAUGAAGAAGAAAUGGAGGAAGUGUCUAUUUCCAUUCAUAAAGAAGAGAUUUCUGAAGUGCCUGAGAAGCAUAGGAGAGUUGUCGUUGAACCAAAAGUUCCAGCUGCCCCUAAGGAAGCUCCAGGAGUUAAAGAACCUGAAGAAGAAUGGGUGCCCACUUUUGAGGUAGAAGUUGAAGAACUUCCAGCAACCAAAGCAGCGCCCAAGAAGCCUGUGCCAGAAGAGAAAGUACCUGUUCCAAUGUCACGGAAAGUGGCAGCUUCACCAGCUAAAGUGCCCGAAGCACCAAAGAAAACUGCCAGAGAAGAAAGAGUAUCCAUUGCUGUUCCAAAAAGAAGAGUCUCUCCACCACCAGAAGUGCCUGAUGUACCAGAGAGGGCUAUCAUUGAAGAAAGAGUACCAAUUUAUCCUUCUAAAAAAAUGGCAAGACCACCAGACAAAGUGCCUGAAGUACAGAAGACAAUUGUCCGAAAAGAAAAGGUGUAUGUUGAAGUUCCUCAGUAUGAAGAGGAAGAAGAGAUUCCAAAAUAUGAAGAGGUAGAAGCUACCAGAUAUGAGAAGGAAGUAAUCCAUUACAAGGAGGAAGUCCAUCAUUACAAAGAAGUUAGUGACUAUGAAGAGGAAAUUCCUCAGUACGAAGAAGUUCCUCAAUAUGAAGUGGAAGAAGUCACCCAUUAUGAAGAAGAAGGUGUGUAUUAUGAGGAGGAAGUUCCUGAAUAUGAGGAGGAAGAGUCAGAAGUUCCUCAGUUUGAAGAGGAGGCUCCCCCACCAGUUAGAGUGCCUGAGGUUCCCAAGAAACCUAUCCCAGAGGAAAAGAUACCUAUUCUGAAGAAAAAAGAAGCUCCUCCAGCAAAAGUGCCUGAAGAACCAAAGAAACCUGUGCCAGAAGAGAAGGUACUUGUCCCAGUGCCUAAAAAAGUGGAAGAACCUCCACCAAUCAAAGUGCCAGAAAUACCAAGACCUCCCCCUGAAGAGGUACCUAUUUUUGUUCCUGAAGAAAAAGAAGAGGAAGUGGAAGCUGUUCCAGAGAUACUGGCAAAAGUCCCAGAAGUGCCCAAGAGAGCUGUUCCAGAAGAAAAAGUACCUGUUGCAGUUCCUAAAGUAAAGAAAAUUCCACCAGCUAAAGUGCCUGAGGUGGCAAAGAAAGUUGUACCUGAAGAAAAGGUUCCCAUUUUUGUUCCUGAGGAAGAAGAAGAGGAAACUGUUCCAGAGAAAACUAUACCAGUAAAAGAGCCAGAGAUUCCAAAGAAACCUGUACCAAAAGCAAGAAUACCUGUAACCACUCCUGAGAAACUGGAGCUUCCUCCAGCAAAAGAAAUCCAUAUCUUUAAAGUCCCUGAGGUGCAUAAAAGAGCAGUUGCAGAAGAGAAAGUGCCAGCUGUUGUGCCCAAACCCAAAGAACCAGCACCAACUAAAGUGCCAGAAGUAUCCAAGAAACUUAUCCGGAAAGAAAAAGUACCUGUUCCCACUCCUAUGGUGGAGAAGUAUGAGUAUACAUAUGAAGAGUAUGAGAAGUACGAGACAUACGAAAGUAUUGAAGAGUUUGAGAAAGUUCAGGAAAUUGAAGAAAUUGAGGCAUAUGAGGAACCUGAAGAACCUGAGAGAUACAGGGAGAUUCAGGAACAGGAAUAUGAAGAGGAAGCUGAGGAGAAAGACGAUGUCUAUGAAAAGUAUGAUUUUAAGGAGAAGGAAGAGAUCUAUGAGAAAUAUGAAGAAGUAUAUGAGGAGGCUUAUGAAAUCCAACCAGCUAUAGUGCCAGCAGCCCUGAAGAAACCUGUUCCAAAAGAAAAAGCACUACCUGCUGUUCCUAAAAAGGAAAAAACUCCGCUAGCUAAAGGGCCAGCUGUUCUCGAAAGAACUGUCCCUGAAGAAAAGAAACCUAUACAUAUGCCUGAAAUAGAAGUUCCACCAGUGAAAGAGCCUGAAGUUUACGGAGAAGUUCCAAUAGAAGAAAGAGUCCCUAUUAUUAUUCCUACUGAACCAGAAGCUCCAGCAGCUAAAGUACCUGCAGCAGCAAAGAAAACUGUCCCACUGAAGAAAAUACCCUCUGCUGUACCUACAGAAGAAGCUCCUCCAGCUAAAGUACAUGAAGUUUAUGAGGAGAUGCACAUAGAAGAAAUUUCUACUGUUCAUAUUAAAGAGGAGGCUCCAGCACCUGGAGUGCGCACAGUCGUUAAGAAAGCUGUUCCGGAAGAAAAAGUGCCUAUUGCUGUUCCUAAAAAACCAGAACCUACUCCUGUGCCUAAAAGACCAGAAUCUCUACCAUCUAAAGUGCCAGAGGUGCCCAAGAAAAUUCCAGAAGAUAAAGUACCCACUGCUGUGCCUAGAACACCUGAACCACCACCAGCCAAAGUGCCCGAAGUGCUCAAGAAAGUCCCAGAUGAGAAAAUACCAGUUGUGGAGCCUAAAAAACCAGCAGUUCCACCAGCUAAAGUGCCUGAGGUACCAAAGAAAGUGGUCCCAGAAGAAGUUUCAGUUAAAGUACCAAAGAAACCAGAACCUCCACCAGCUAAAGUGCCUGAGGUGCCCAAGAAAGUGGUUUCAGAAGAAAAAGUACACAUUGAAGUCCCUAAAAAGACAGAACCUCCAGCACCUAAAGAAACUGAGGUGCCAAAGAAAGUUGUUCCAGAAAAGAAAAUACCUGUGCCUAAAAUACCAGAACCUGAAGUUGUGCCUAAAGAACCAGAACCUGUGAUUGUCCCAGAACCAGAGGCUGCACGUGAAGAACCAGAACCUCUACCAGAGACAGUGGCCAAGACAACCUUCCCAGAAAAGAAAGUAACUGUUCCAGUUUCCCGAAAACCAAAGCCCAUUGCAGGACCCCAAAAAACAAAGCCUCAAGAAGUAGAACCUCAAGAACCAGAACCUGCUAGAGUGGUUGAAAACCAAAAGUCUACUGUGGCCCCUCGAAAAAUAGAGCAUGUUGUGGCAUCUGAGGAGCCCAAGACUGUUUUGGCAUACCAAAAACCAGAAUUUGUUGUGGCAUCCCAAAAACCAGAGCGUGUUGUAGUGCCAGAGAAACAAGAGGUUGUAGCUGAGGAACCCAAGCCUGAUGUGCCACCCCAAAAGCUAAAGCAUGAUAUGGUACCCUCAAAACCAAAACCUGUUGUGGAACCCCAAAAACCAGAGCCAUUCAUAGCCCCUGAGGAAACUGAACUCACUGUGGCACCUGAGGAGUCAGAGACAGUUGCAUCAACCCAAAAAUCAAAGCAUACUGUGGUGCCCCCCAAAACAAAACCUUCUAUGCUGCUCCAGAAAACAGAGUUUGUAGCACAUGAAGAAACAGAGUUUGUUGCAGAUUUCCAAAAAUCAAUCCAAAUUGCAGUGUCCAGAAAAUCAAAGCCUGUUGUGGCACCCUGGAAGUCAAAACCUGUCAUGGUGCCUGAGGAACCGGAAACGAUUUUAGUAUGCCAAAAACCAGAGCCUUCUAUGGUACUUCAAGAAAUGAAGCCUGAGGUGGCAUCCGAUGAACCAGAGCCUCUUUUGGCACCUGAGGAACCACCACCAGCCAAGCUGACCAAAAAGCAAGAGAGUGUUGCUAUACCUAAAAAACGAGCAACUCCACAGUCUAAAGUGCCUGAGAUGCCUGAGAGGGCUGUUCCAGAAGAGAAAGUGACCAUUGCUGUACCUAAAAAAACAGGAGCUCCACUUGCUAAAG